AUGUUUAACUAAUCUAGCAAAUCAACGUCACUUAAAUAGCCUUUACCUAUCAUUUAGUAAAAUAUUGAAAAAUCAGUAUAUGAAUCCUAAAUUUAUGAAUCAAUCGCAGAUUCAUAACCAGGAUCAGAAAUUCAAGCCCUUAUUCAAUAGAAAAAAAUAUAAGAUCAGAAACCAAUCUAUUUAAAUAUCAUGGUUGUUGGAUAAUCAGGAUUGGGAAAAUCGACAUUUAUAGAUGUCUUGUUGAAAAAAAAACUUGGAACUGGACAAAUAAUUAGAGAUUCCACUCUUUAAAUCUAAGAAAUUUAGGGGCAAAUCUAUAAUAACGAUUUAAGUUUAAAUAUCAAAUUUAUUGAUACUCCAGGUUUUCGACACUAAUAUGGUUUACGUUCAUGGUUAAAGUUACUUAGCACCUAUAUUCACAAUCAAUUUAAUACAUAUAAAUUAAGACAGACCUAAUAAUAUGAAAGCAAGGAGAAAUUUUAAUAAUUAUCAUAAUAAGAUCUUGAUGAAAGAGUUCACGUUUGCCUCUACUUUUUUUCAGGUCCUAGAAUUUAAGCAGAAGAUUUAUAAGCCUUGAAAAAGAUAAGUGGUUUAGUGAAUGUCAUUCCAAUCUUAGCAAAAGGUGAUUCAUAUACAAAAAAUGAGAUUAUUCAAUUGAAAUAGUAGUUUAAUGAUCUCAUUAGCGAAUAUCAUAUCGAUUUAUUUAAAUGCCAAUGCAACAACAGCUAUCAAGAAAAAGGUUAAUUUGGUAUCACCCCGCCUUACGUGAUAAUUAGUUCAAUUGAAUAAUUUUAAGUUGGAAAUCAUUUUAUUUAUGGAAGAAAAUUUCCUUGGGGAAUUUGUGACAUUUUUAACCCUUAACAUUCAGAUUUGUCCAUACUUUAUAAAUUAUUAAUAGGGCAUUACUGUUUUGAACUAAUUAGUUUGACAGAAUAUCUUUACAACAAAUAUGAACAAAAAGAAAAAGAAAAACUAAAAUUAUAAUUAUCGAAUUAAAAUUGGUUAAGAAACCUUUUGCGCUAUUUCUUUAAUUUAUGA